GUGCACAUCACACGACACCGGACUACUCGAUCGAACUUUCCUUUGCUUUGGGUGGUGGCUCUCGUCCCUAUUGGACUGCCGACUGUGUGUGUUACCCAUCUCAUCUCAUCUCCGUAUAUACCUUUGCGAAUCUGCAUCCACCAUACGCACAUAUAUAGAUACGCCAACACCAACAUAUAUCCAUUCGAUCCAAUCAUCUCUGCCAGAAUCAAUGGCUUCCGCCGGAAAUCCUAACCAGCCAGGUGUCGUAGGCCAAUUUGAUAUGCAUAAGUUCUUAAAACCUUCGGCGCCAUCGCCCACUGCGCCUGCUCCAGCGCCCGCAAAUCCCAAUCCCCAAAACCCCAAUAACCCUAAUUUGAUCAGCUCAUCGCCGUUUCCUCUGCCUUCUGCGUCAUACCCUCCGCCCACUGGAGGCGGCGGCGGCGGCGGCCCUUACGCUUUCCCGCCUCAGACCUCUCCGUUCCACCCCCACGCGCAGUUCCACCUUCACGCCCCACAGUACAGCGCCCCGCCCCCUCAAGGGGACGGGCAGUUCUCCAAUUUGCACCAGCAGAGAUCUAUGUCCUUCCCUACUCCGCCUCUCCAACCCCCGCUCGGGAACCCUCACCAGUUUCAGAACCCCAAUAGUAACCCGAAUCCAGGCGCUCGCCUCAUGGCUAUGUUGAGUCCGCCGCUUCCCACUCACGAACUUCCGCAGCAACUCCCAGUUCCCUCAAUUCAACCUACAACAUCCGGGUCCGACCUUUCCGAUUUUUCAGUGCCAACCAGUGCUCCUAUGAUUCCAUCCCUACCUAGUAUGGACAACAUACAUGCGGGCUCAAGCCCCCUCAGAAUGUCGAGCAAUAAGUUGCCUAAAGGCCGCCAUCUGAUUGGAAACCAAAUUGUUUAUGAUAUCGAUGUUAGAUUGCCUGGUGAGGUGCAGCCUCAACUCGAGGUUAAUCCAAUCACCAAGUACAUUUCGGACCCUGGCCUUGUUUUAGGCAGACAAAUCACAGUGAAUAAGACCUAUAUAUGCUAUGGACUCAAGAUGGGUAAUAUUCGAGUCCUUAACAUCAACACUGCAUUGAGGUCACUGCUUAGAGGUCUUGCUCAGAGGGUUACAGACAUGGCUUUCUUCGCAGAAGAUGUUCACCUUUUGGCAAGCGCGAGUGAUGAUGGUCGGGUUUAUGUAUGGAAAAUCACUGAAGGGCCAGACGAUGAAGACAAGCCACAAAUAACUGGGAAGAAAGUUGUUGCUAUUCAAAUUGUGGGAGAGGGAGAAUCUAUUCAUCCACGAGUGUGUUGGCAUUGCCACAAACAAGAAAUUCUUGUUGUUGGGAUUGGAAAAAGAGUUUUGAGAAUUGAUACCACAAAAGUGGGAAAAGUUGAAGUAUCUUUAUCAGAAGAACCACUGAGAUGCCCAGUUGACCGUUUGGUUGAAGGGGUCCAGCUUGUUGGCACUCAUGAUGGAGAAGUGACUGAUUUAUCGAUGUCCCAGUGGAUGACCACUCGGCUUGUAUCUGCGUCAGUGGAUGGCACGGUAAAGGUCUGGGAGGACCGCAAAUCUACACCAAUUGCUGUAUUGAGGCCUCAUGAUGGUCACCCUGUAAAUUCUGUAAUGUUUUUGGCCGCUCCAAAUCAUCCCGACCACAUCAUACUUAUCACUGGGGGCCCACUUAAUCGAGAAAUAAAGAUAUGGUCAUCAGAAAGUGAAGAAGGCUGGUUACUUCCAAGUGAUGCUGAAUCAUGGCAUUGCACACAGACAUUAGAGCUUAAGAGUUCGAGUGAAUCUCGAGCUGGUGAAGCAUUUUUCAAUCAAGUCAUGGCCUUGCCUCAAGCUGGUCUGCUCUUAUUGGCUAAUGCAAAAAAGAAUGCUAUAUAUGCAGUGCACUUAGAUUAUGGUCCUAACCCAGCAGCAACUAGGAUGGAUUACAUUGCUGAAUUCACUGUUACUAUGCCAAUACUUAGUUUUACAGGGACAAGUGACCACCUGCCGCAUGGUGAGCAGAUAGUUCAGGUUUAUUGUGUUCAGACGCAAGCCAUUCAGCAAUAUGCUUUGGACUUAUCUCAGUGUUUACCUCCUCCAUUAGAGAAUAUCAUGUUUGAGAGGUCAGAAUCUAGUGCUUCACGUGAUGCUAGUAGUGUUGAAGGCUUUUCUCAGAUGGAAUCUUCUGGAAGUAAAUCGGCAGAGUUACCUAUACAUACUUCUUCACCCAAACUGCCUAUAAAUGAAUCUAGUUCUCAGUCUGCAGCAUCUGGGAGACGUCAUUUGAGCCCUGCCUAUACUGAGAUAACUGCUUCACAAGAAAUAGCUACUCAUAGCUUAGAAAGUAAGCCUGACACCAUCCCAGUUGCAAAUACUGAUGCUGAUGUUUUACUUGAUUCUCCUGCUCAAUUUCCUCCGAGUCCUAGGUUAUCUCGGGAACUCUCUGGCUUCAGAAGCCCAUCAAAUAGAUUUGAAGUCAGCCCUAUUAAUGAUCACGGCGGAGAUCCAAAAGUGAUUGAUUAUUCUGUAGACAGGCAAAUGGAUUCUAUCCAUGCAAAUUUGUCUGAUAUGGGCUCUUUCAUUGAUGAGGCUAGGAAUGAUGAAAACAAGACUUUCCACAGGGAUGCUUCCUCAGGUCUAAAUAAUGCUGUCAAGUUCAAGCAGCCCACUCAUCUGGUCACUCCUUCAGAGAUAUUGAUGGAUUCAUCUUCUGAAGUGAACCAUAUUAUUGAGCAGAAGGGUGAAGAAAUACAAGAUGUUCUGAUGAACAAUGAAGCAAGAAAUGUAGAGGUAGAAGUUAAGGUUGUUGGUGAAUCGAGAUUUAAUCAGAAUAAUGGCAUUGGUUCUUGCGGAGAACUACAUGCUUUUGUAUCAGAAAAUAAGGAGAAAGUAUUUUGUUCUCAAGAAUCUGAUAUUGGGAUGGAAAAGGCAGGAGAAUGCUGUGCCUUGUCACCUGAAGUGUAUAUAACUGAGAAUUCUAUGCAAUUUGACGGGGCCAAUGUAAGUGAGGAUUUGAUCCAAACAUCAAGUAAUCGAGAGGGGCAAGAACCUACAAAUAAUUUCUCUGGAAAGGAACCUGAUUCAAGAGUGUCAGCUCCUGUUCUACAACCAACUGAACCAAGUACAAAAGGCAAAAAACCAAAAGGGAAGAGUUCUCAGGGAUCUGUGCCUAGUAGUAUUUCUGACACAACAGAUCCUUCCAAUGAAGCUGGUGUAAGCUCAAAUAUCUCCUCCAUGGAAGCUGCAUUUUCACAGAUAUCGUCUAUUCAAGAGAAUCUGAAUCAGCUCUUGUUGAUGCAAAAAGAAACUCAGAAGCAGAUGAGCGUGAUGGUUGCUGCUCCAGUUACUAAAGAAGGAAGGCGGCUUGAGGCUGCCCUGGGGCGCUGCUUGGAGAAAUCUGCCAAGACCAACACUGAUGCCCUCUGGGCUCGUUUUCAAGAAGAAAGUGCAAAGCAGGAAAAGAUAUUACGUGAACGUACUCAACAGAUGACUAAUUUAAUCUCCAAUUGUUUAAACAAGGACUUGUCAGUACUAGUGGAAAAAAUAGUGAAGAAGGAAUUAGGUUCUGUUGGACAAUCUUUUGCACGGACUGUAACUCCUAUUAUAGAGAAAGCAGUGUCCUCAGCUAUUUCUGAAUCCUUUCAGAAGGGUGUGGGUGACAAAGUGGUGAGUCAAUUAGAAAAAGCUAUUAAUUCCAAACUUGAAGCCACAGUGGCCAGACAAAUCCAAGCACAGUUUCAAACUUCUGGAAAGCAAGCGCUUCAGGAAGCAUUAAAAUCAACUCUUGAAGCUUCAGUAAUCCCCGCCUUUGACAUGUCAUGCAAGGCAAUGUUUGAGCAGGUUGAUGCUACAUUUCAAAAAGGAAUGGCUGAACAUGCUGCUGCAGCUCAACAACAAUUUGAGUCAAUGCAUUCACCUUUGGCACUUGCUUUAAGGGAUGCAGUCAGUUCAGCUUCUUCAAUGACUCAAACACUAAACGGUGAGCUUGCUGAAAAUCAAAGAAAGCUGCUAGCUUUAGUGAGUUCCAAAGCAACAGAUCCAAUUGUUGGUCAAUUAUGUAAUGGGCCCAUGCUCCAAAUUGAAAAGUUUGAGGCACCCCCAGAUCCAACAAAGGAGUUAUCUAGAUUCUUAGCAGAUCAGAAGUAUGAGGAGGCUUUCACUACUGCCUUGCAAAGAAGCGAUGUGUCUAUUGUAUCAUGGCUAUGCUCUCAGGUUGAUUUACCUCGAAUUGUGUCAAUGAAUCCCUGUCCCCUGAGCCAAGGAGUACUCCUGUCACUUCUCCAGCAGUUGGCAUGUGAUGUAAGCAAUGAGACUGACAAGAAACUAUCGUGGAUGACAGAUGUGCUAUCAGCCAUACAUCCAACUGACCCAAUGAUUGCAAUGCAUGUACGCCCCAUCUUUGAACAAGUAUAUCACAUUGUGAACCAUCACCGCAGUCUUUCCACCACGACUGCGGCUGGUCAGACCAACAUCCGCCUGAUUCUGAUGGUCAUAAACUCUGUGCUCGUGAACUGUAAAUGAUCUUUAAUGCCAAUGAGGAAGGCCGAAGGCUCUACAUCUGUCCCAACCCUUAGAUGGUUGUACAUAUUCUAGGAAGAUAUUUAUAGAGGAAGCCUCUGUUCUCAACUUUUCGGACGUUGUUGGAGUCGUAUCUGUCCACCAUUUUUUUGCUCGUUUGAUAUUUUCAGGUGAAGUAUGUUCGUAUGUGGAUAUCGAAGUUUGAAGUUUAGUGUUUUUUGGGGAUUUAUGCUCAUACACAGAAUGUAUUCCUUUUUUAUUUGACACGUGCAGUUCCUUUUCUUAUAAUGUUUGAUGUACAUUAUAAGAAACAUACUUAUAAUGUACACCACCUUUAGCAUGAAGGUCUCCUAGUAUGAAGAAAUUAGGAUGUUACAAGUAUCAUGUGAGAAUACUAUUUUACAAUAUUAGCAUGAAGGUCUCCUAG